AUGGAUCAGACCCAAGCAGGGGGCCUCCUUGAUCCCCCUGAGCUCACACCUCUCGAACAAGAGGUUUUAGACGAGUACGAACGCUUGGCUGAUAAUAUGAGCAAACUCGCCACUGUCCUCGAGCAUCUUGCCUCGAACCCCAGUACAGAAAUCCUUGAUGGCCUUCGUGAGCUCGAGCGCAAGACGAGUCUUGCCUUUACUCUUCUCAAAGCCAGUGUUUACAGCAUAGUGUUGCAGCAGGAGAUUGACUGGGGUGAUGGAUCGACAGCGCAAUGA